AUGACUCGUACUCAAGUGCCCUUCCCCUCCCCUGCUACCCUGAAGCGGUUCCCUCACAUCCACGAUGACCCUUCAGGCAUCUCCCACUCCCUGGACCCCUUCACCAUCACCACCAAGACAGGCUUCCUGCCCUAUGAGACUGCCCCCACAGAGCUUCCCGAGGCAUUCAGUGCAUUGCUGUCCCUCGUCAACCGUCUGCCUGUCGUGAGACUCGAUGGCAAGCCCGGUCUGUUGGCUACCUACGAGCUUGGCCCUGCCGUCAAGGCCGAGCUCACUGACCUGACCGACGAGGUUGAGAAGCUUGUCCUCCCUGAUGGCUCGCCGGACCGCUUCACUGUUGCUGCUGUCUUCCGUGAUUAUACCUUCCUGGCCUCGUCCUACCUCCUUGAGCCUUGCUGGGAGCACUGGAACAAGGACCCCGAGGGUGGUUACGGUCUGGGUCGUGAUGUUUUGCCCAUGGCUGUUGCUCGUCCUAUGUAUCGCUGUGCUGAACUUUUGGACCUACCACCUUUCAUGUCUUAUGCCGCCUCUUAUGCUCUCUUCAACUAUACUGUCGCCGACCCUGCCAAGGGCCUGAGCGAGUACUCUAACCUCCGUCUCAUUCGCUCUUUUGAGAGGGGUCUUGACCCCAAGAGCUCCGAGGCAGGCUUCAUUCUCACCCACGUAGACAUGGUCAAGGAGACUGGCCCCCUGAUUGCCGGUACUCUCAAGGUCGUCGAUACGCUUGAACAGCACGGAUCCCGACAGGAAAUCAACGACGGAUUCCGAGAGAUCCUGAAAUCAAUGGAGAAGAUCGAAACUUCCAUGGAAGACAUGUGGGGAAACUCCAAGCCCUCCGAAUACCUCUCCUUUCGCGUCUUCAUUUUCGGAAUUACCAAUCAAUCGAUGUUCCCCAACGGCGUCAUCUACGAAGGCUGCGAAGACGACAAGCCCCUCUUCUUCCGCGGCGAGAGCGGUGCCAACGACAGCAUUAUCCCGCUUCUCGACCACCUCUGCCAGAUCCCCAUGCCCUCCACCCCUCUCACCAAAAUCCUCCACGAGUUCCGCGCCUACCGUCCCCUCCCGCACCGCGAGUUCCUCACCUACAUCCGCGAAAAGUCCGAGGAAAUCGGCGUCCAGGACUACGCUGUGCAGGACUCCGAGACGGCAGUGCUCUUCCUCCGCACCUUGAACCAUGUUCGCAGUUUCCGCUGGAGACAUUGGCUCUUUGCGCGUGAGUACAUCAUCCGCCGUACACCGCAUCCUACUGCCACUGGUGGUUCUCCUAUUGUUACUUGGCUUCCCAACCAGCUCUCUGCAGUCAUGGACCUCAUGGUUCGGAUCUAUGAUACUCAUCUCGCGCCCAAGGACGGUGUGACUAGUGUAUCGAACGGUGGUCAGGAUUUGAUUGCCUCGCAUCGGAAGCAAGUCGAGCCUAUGAUGGAGCUGGUGAGGGAUCAGCGCGAGAAGCUGGCGAAGGAGGUUGAGCGGUGGUGCCAGGAGCGGGGAGUUUAG